AUGAGUUUCCAAAUUACAUCCCUAAUUCUGUUUGUGUCAUUCCUUUUUGGGGUAACAAGAUCAGCCCCCCCAUGUCUGGAUGACCAGAAAGACUUGCUACUGGCGCUAAAAAACCACCUCACCUUUGACUCUUCACUCUCAACCAAGCUUGUUGGGUGGAUCCAAAGUGUCGAAUGUUGUGCUUGGGGCGGUGUGGCCUGUGACGAAGCUGGUUAUGUCACGCGCCUUGAUCUUAGUCACGAAACCAUACAUGGUCGGAUUCCCUCUUCCCGAAAUGACUGGGAAGGUCUCAACCGUCUCGAGUAUCUUAGCAUGGCUUACAACUCCUUAACCGGGGAGCUACCCAAGUCUUUGCUGACGUUGCCAUCACUUGACGACUUAGACCUUUCCUACAACAGAUUGUCCGGUCAACUUAUAGACGUUGUUCAACCGCCACGUCUGCGCAAUCUGGAUCUGAGUAACAACAGAUUUGAAGGCCCAAUACCUGGUUUCAUCUUCAAACUUGCAGCCCUUUCCACUCUAAAACUUUCUGCAAAUAAAUUCAGUGGCAGGGUGGAGCUAGACAAGUUUGGAAAGUUGACUGACCUUUAUGCUCUUGAUCUUUCCUAUAACGAUCUUACUGUUAGUGUAAGUGCAAACUUUUCGUUACUUUCUAAACUAAACUCAAUUAUGCUAGCUUCAUGCAACAUGAAAGAGGUUCCUGAUCUCAAGAACCAGUCACGGCUGCUGAUGCUGGAUCUUUCUGACAAUCACCUAAGUGGUGAAAUACCCAACUGGAUAUGGGAAGUUGGCAACGGCUAUCUUCGGUUUCUGAAUUUGUCACACAAUAAGUUUUCAGGUCUACAAGAGCCCUACACUUUUCCUUUUCUACUUGAUGUUCUUGAUCUGCAUUCUAAUCGCCUUGAAGGAGAUAUCCCGGUCCCUCCAAGAAGAGUUUAUAUUCUGGACUACUCCAACAACAACUUCAAAUCUUCCAUUCCUGUUGAUUUUGGCAAUGUCCUCAGAUCAACCUUAUUCUUUUCGGUCUCCAACAAUAAGCUGGUUGGAGGAAUUCCUGAGUCCAUACGCAAUGCCACUUCCCUGCGGGCGCUUAACUUAUCACGCAAUGCCCUUACAGGUCCAAUACCACCGUUGAUUGGAAACUUGAAAGACCUGCGGUCCUUGGAUCUUUCGGUCAACUUGUUAAGUGGGAGCAUCCCAGAGGAGCUUACGAAUCUUACACAACUUUCAUUACUGAAUCUUUCUUAUAAUCAUCUUUCUGGAAGGAUCCCAAAGUUUCAAACAUCUACAGAGUUGUCCUUUGAGGGAAAUGAAGGGCUAUGUGGCCCCCCUUUGAAGAAGAGUUGUGGUUAG